AUGAACUCUGCAGAAGCCCAAGCGGCUGAGAAGAAGCUGGAGGAGAUGGACUCUGUAAAGGGACAGGAUGCGAACAAGUUGAAACAGUUACUAGUGAAGGAUCAGGCAGCGAGAGAGCUGAAACCGCUCACUGACAGAGUCAACACGGAACUUGCAACGUUGAAAAACCUGAAGAAAGAGUUCGUCCGGUUGAUUCUCUCGAGAUGCCAGGCUGGUCUAGAUGUCGAGGAAGACUGUCUUUCUGGCCCCGCUCAGAAACAACGAAUUCAAUUCCUUGAGAACAACCUGGACAAGCUCACUAAGGUUCACAAGCAGAUUGAAGAAAUAACUCGAAAAAAGUCACUAUUUUUCAAAAAGACUAGAAUUUUCCCAAACAAGGAUUCACUGUGUAGAGCUUAUCUUGAAGACUGUUCAUUAGCGCUUGUCCGUGAUAACGCUGAUCUUCGCGUUGAACUACCAAAGAUGGAAGCACGUUUGCGUGGAAGGGAGGACCGCAUCAAGCAACUCGAGACGGCUCUGCGAGAGACCAAGGAGAGAUCGCAGCUCGAGCGACGAAAGUACCAGCAAGAGGUGGAGCGCAUCAAGGAUGCGGUGCGGCAGCGAAACCAACGUCGCCAGAACACUCCCCAGAUCGUGAAGCCGAUCCGUCCUGGACAAGUUUACACGCCUUCGCCGGCCAUGGUCGUUGGUGCUCCAGCUAUGACUCCACGACCAGCAAAUGCAACUCAAAUGAAUGGUGAGACAUCGGCAGAUGUCGUUCUAUAG